AUGAAGCAUAAGGGAAAAGGCGGUAGACCAACUAAAACUAAAAAAGGAAGACCUAAGGUAUCCGAACUGUCACGAUCUGAACAACUUCGAGAAGCUGCGGCUCGUUACCGACAAAAACACCCUGAAAAACGUCGAGAAACUGUAGAACUUUAUAAUUCUUUACAUCCAGGCGCCAACCGGCCAUCUGUAGCACAGUACAGUGCUUCACACCCUGAAGUAAACCGGGCAGCUGUAGCACGCUACAAUGCUGCACAUCCGGAAGUCAAUCAGGCUGCUGUAUCUCGCUACCGUGCUUUACAUCCGGAAGUCAAUCAGGCUGCAGUAUGUCGCUACCGUGCUUCACAUCCGGAAGUAAACAGACAAAACUUAGCGCGAAAGAGAUCUACUGACAAACUAAAGUUUAAGGGAAACAUAGAAACAAUCACUAGAGUUCUUACAACUAAACUUAAAGAUAGAUUAGAAUCAGAAAAAAUAGUUAAGUGGACUCUCGAUAAUAGGCAAAGAACUUUAGAAGAUUUGAACAAGACUGCAAAUAAAUUAAAAGAAAAAAUAGUAGCGGCAUUAGAGAAGUUGAAAAUAUGUCCUGAAAGCACGGAUAUUAAAGACAAAUUUGAAGCAUUUCUUGGUAAAUCCGAACAUCGCAGUAAUCAGGAGCCAUUUUAUUCUGAACAAUCUUAUAAGGUUUAUGAAGAUAAAGAAAAACCUAUUGAGAUUGAUGAUUCUGGCAAAGCAAAAACCUUUACAAAUGUUAAGAAAAUGUCCAAAAGUCUGACUUGGUCUUGUUCGGAUUCAUUGUGCGUAUUAAAUGAUGGAAUCGUACUAAAAUUGAAUUAUUUAAAUUUGAAAAUUUACUCGAUGUCUGUAGAAACAGGAAAACUGCAAGAAAAUAUCAACUUUAUUAAUAACGUUAAAUCGCAUUUCCCACAUCUUCGGACUAUUAUCAGAGAGAUUUAUCAAAUACACAGCGACUGUAAGUUAUUGCUUGAUAUUGACGAUUCUUGGGCAAGUGGUAAUGUGGAUAAGCUUAUGGAGCUAGGAAAGCAACCGACGGUAGGAAGUGCCAUUGUAGGGCGUACACCUGAUAGUGAAAUCGUGGAAGAUGAAAUAAUAAAAAGUAAUAAGGUUGCUUUUAAAUUAUUUUCCAAAAAAAAGUGUAGACACACCGAAACUGGAUUGUAUGUCGUGCAAUAA